GAGUCCACCUCUCUCCUCUUCUCUCAUCUCCUCUCCAUCCCCUUCUCUUUUCUGUCAUCCGUCUCUAAGAGCUUCUCUUGUGCUGCUUUCUUCUCAGAACCCACCAUAUUGUCUUACAUGCAUGCAUUAAACCCACUAUUACUUUAAUUUCUCCCACAAUUCUCGCCUUCUAAGAGGGAGAGAGAGAGAGAGAGAGAAGGAAGCGUGAGAAGCAGUGCUGCUCGUCCUAGGACUACGUCUUGGUUGUCAACAUUAUUUGGCAUUAAAAGCUAUGCAUCUCCCUGUUCACCUCUGCUGUUUCUCGAUAUGUAAUCCAGUUACAAGGUCUUCUCUAAGAACUUUUAGGGUUCUCCCAGCCUAGAGAUAAAUAAAGAGAAAGAGAGGUGAGCCUAGGGUUUGGUGCAGAGGGAGGGGUUAUCCCUGCAGGGAUUAUGAUUCCUGCAACGCAUGUGGCAUCGAUGAUCGGGAUGAACAGAAGUGCCGAGUAUCAAUCCUCGGCGGCUCUAUCUCUCGGUCAGGAACCCCCAUUUCAAUACCAACAUCAGCAUCAGCUUGUGGAGAUUCCGCAGACAGCGGUAGCUGAGAUUGAGAUGCCAACUGUUCGGGAUGACGAGUUCGAGACCAAAUCUUUUGGCGACAACAUUGAGAAUGCCUCCGAAGACGAUCGGGAUGGGAACCAGCGGCCUCGCAAGAAGCAAUACCACCGCCACACUCAGCACCAAAUACAAGAAUUGGAGGCUUUCUUCAAGGAGUGUCCUCACCCGGAUGACAAGCAGAGAAAGGAGCUGAGUCGCGAGCUUGGGCUGGAGCCUCUCCAAGUCAAGUUCUGGUUCCAAAACAAGCGCACCCAAACCAAGAAUCAUCAAGAGAGGCACGAGAACUCGCGGCUGCGGGCUGAGAACGAGAAGCUCCGGGCCGAGAACUUGAGGUACAAGGAGGCACUAAGCAAUGCGUCAUGUCCCAAUUGUGGUGGCCCUUCGUCUCUAGGAGAGAUGUCCUUCGAUGAGCACCAACUCAGGAUCGAUAAUUCUCGUCUGCGCGAGGAGAUUGGUAGAUUAUCUGCCAUAGCCGCCAAGUACGUCGGCAAGCCCGUAGUUCCUCACCAGUUAUUCUCUCCGAUGGCUGAGAGCGACAUGCUUGGGGCAGGAGACUUACUCGGGAGCAUGUUCGGCCACAGGGAGAUCGAGAAACCCGUCGUUAUCGAGCUCGCAGUGGUUGCCAUGGAGGAGUUAACAAGGAUGGCGCGACUCAGUGAGCCUCUAUGGACGAUGAAACAUGGUGACUCAUUCGAGAUACUGAGCGAAGAUGAGUACGUGAGGAACUUCCCUAGAGGAAUUGGGCCAAAACCCUUGGGAAUGAAGUCGGAGGCGACGCGUCAGACCGCGGCGGUCAUCAUGAAUCGUGUCAACCUGGUUGAGAUGCUUAUGGAUGUGAAUCAGUGGUCGAAUGUGUUCUCCGGCAUUGUAUCGAAAGCUAUCACGCUCGAGGUGCUAUCCACUGGAGUAGCAGGAAAUUACGAUGGAGCUCUACAGCUGAUGACAGCGGAAUUCCAAGUACCAUCUCCUCUUGUUCCAACCCGGGAGAUCUUGUUCGUCCGGUACUGCAAACACCAAGCUGACGGAAGUUGGGCGGUGGUUGAUGUUUCCUUGGACACCUUACGCCCUCCUCUGGUUGCAAGGUGUCGAAGAAGGCCAUCUGGCUGCCUGAUUCAAGAGAUGCCUAAUGGAUACUCGAAGGUUACUUGGGUUGAGCAUGCUGAGGUUGACGAUGGAUCUGUUCAUGACAUAUAUAAGCCCUUGGUUAACUCGGGCCUGGCAUUUGGUGCAACGAGGUGGAUUGGUUCCUUGGAUCGCCAAUGCGAGCGCCUCGCAAGUCUAAUGGCAAGCAACGUUCCCUCUGGGGAUAUCACUGUCAUAACUACAGCGGAAGGGAGGAAAUGCAUGUUGAGGUUGGCUGAGAGGAUGGUGACGAGUUUUUGUGGUGGUGUGAGUGCCUCCACCGCUCAUCAAUGGACUACGGUAUCUGGUAAUGGUGCAGAGGACGUGAGGGUGAUGACCAGAAAGAGCGUUGGCGAUCCUGGCAGGCCUCCCGGCAUCGUCCUCAACGCUGCUAAAUCCUUCUGGCUUCCUGUCCCGCCGAAGAGGGUCUUCGAUUUCCUCCGCGACGAACGAUCUCGCAACGAGUGGGAUAUCCUUUCAAAUGGUGGUGGCGUUCAAGAAAUGGCUCACAUCGCCAAUGGCCGAGACCACGGCAACUGCGUCUCUCUUCUCCGAGUCAAUAGUGUGAAGUCAAGCCAGAGCAACAUGCUGAUACUGCAAGAGAGCUGCACGGAUCCGGUCGUCUCCUACGUGAUCUACGCGCCGGUGGACGUGGUCGCCAUGAACGUGGUGCUUAAUGGUGGCGAUCCCGACUACGUUGCUCUCUUGCCCUCCGGCUUUGCCAUCUUACCAGAUGGCGCUUCUGCAGCGCAAGGUAGCCUCGUCACUGUUGCAUUCGAGAUACUGGUCGACUCGGUCCCGACCGCGAAGAUCUCGCUCGGCUCGGUCGCCACCGUUAACAGCCUCAUUGCGUGCACCGUUGAACGAAUCAAGGCUGCAUUGGUUGGCGAAAACGUUGCAUGAGUCUGAAUCAUUUGGGUAAGAGAGAAUGGUUUUGCCUGCUUCCAAUUCAUAAUUGGUGGCUCCACAUCUGUGGGUGGUCUUGUUGAACAGAGUUUCCAUGUAGCUACAGAGGCCUUAGGGUUUAUAUUAUGCUAUCUCAAGAAAAGAAUCAUGUCAUGACUUGGUACUGAGUAGCUUAGAAUUAUUGGUAAUUUUGUCUUGAGCCCUUGAGAUGAUGAAGGGUUUGAUUUUGUUUUC